AUGGCUCUGCUAAAGGUUCUGCUGCUGCUGGGGCUGGGUGUUUCAGUGAACUCAGAUGUUUCUCUGCAGAAGAGAAUCAUUGGAGGUCAUGACUGUGAUGACUCGGAGCGUCUUUUUUAUGUUCGGCUGGAGGCCAAAAAUCGUACUCAUAAGAGCCUGUGUGGAGGAUCUCUGAUCCAUCCUCAGUGGAUCCUGACUUCAGCUCACUGCUGGCAGUCGGAGACAGGGUGGAUUAUCGAAGCAAUGUUAAAAGUUCAUCCACAGACUGCAACACAGCAGAAUCAGGUAAUCCGACAAGCUCCUGUGCUGUAUACUGACCAGGGCCAGCAGCAUGACAUCAUGUUGCUGAAGCUUCGGAAACCAGUAACAGAUGUCCCACCUGUUAGGCUACCAGACUGCAGUUAUCGUCUUAGAAAAGACGAUGUUGUUCAGCUGGCAGGAGAGGGAGCAACGACAACCGGCCCCAAUAAUGAGCGAUUACCCAAUGCUGCUACUGCAACACAUCUUCAGUGUGUCGACAUGAAAGUUGAUGAUGUUUCCGUCUUCGAGCUGACAUGUGGGCAUGUAUUCUAUACUGCCUCACCAAACAAGGAUAUAUGCCCUGGUGACUCUGGCUCAGCAGCGGUGGUCAACGGCAUGAUUUAUGGUGUGAUGGUUGAAGGUGGACCAGACUAUGCAUGUGAGACACCAGUUUUCAUCAUGGAUGUGUGUGAAUACAUGGGGUGGAUAAAAACAACAACUGGGCUUAAAUAAAACAUAAACUAUCAUGAAAUAUAAUUUUCAUCAAAUUUCCACUCAGAUAUAAUGUUAUAGUUGUAUAUUGAUCAGUUUGUUCCACAUAUUUGUGGAAUUAGGAGAAAUUAGUAGUUUUUUUUCCUCACUUGACCUUGAUCUAUUGGAUCUUUCUCUGCCUCAGAAAUGAAAAAUAAAUCAAUUAGGGGUGGGUAAAAUAAUUGAAGAAUCGAUGCAUUGCAAUAAUUUCAUGCAAAAUUCAUAAUCGAUUAGGGGGCUCCUCAGAAUCGAUUCACCUCCUGACACGUAGGGGGCGCUGCGAGUUUGGUUACUGUGCUGAGCACCUGAGUGCAUAACAACAGUCAUGGCGAGCAGCUGUAGAAAGCUAACUCCGUCAACUUUUAAGUCAGAUGUUUGGGCUCAUUUUGCUUUC